UCUUUGGGUGGCUUUCAUGUUCGCAGGGGAAUUCCUUUAGAGCUCGUUUCCGAGGAAGUGAACAAAGCCAAAUCUGUGUCUCAAACUCCAAGGACUAUGAACGAGAUGCCUGCAGGCGAAGAAUAACGUGAAUAUAACGAAGAAGGUCAAUAUGACCGUAAAGGAGGUGGACUGUUAGGAAAAAAAAAAAAAAUUCCUGGCUGCCUUUGAGAGGACUUUAAGAUACACAGCAUAGGUGAAAAGGGUGAUUCACCAGUUCAUUUCUGUGACAAAUGUGAUCUGCCUGUUAAAAUCUAUGGGCGAAUGAUUCCGUGCAAGCAUGCUUUUUCCUAUCACUGUGCUAAUUUAUGCAGAGAUAAAAUGUGUCCAACCUGUAGUUGUCCUGUGCUGAGAACUGAGGCACAUAUACGAGGUUCUAUCUUCCUGUGUGGCACUGUUCAGGGAUGCAAGAAAACAUAUUUGUCAAGAGACUUACAGGUUCAUAUCAACAACUGCCAUAAGAUGGCUGGAAAAUUUACCUGUGCUUCACUUGAAAAAGUUCAUCCUUGUAUUGCUUUACCACCAACUGAAAGCUCUGAAAUCCCUGAAAUGCUGCUAGACAAGGACCAUAUAAGCCAUAUUCCACCAGAGCAGCACACCGUCAUGCCACCACCUCCUGUGCAGCAUGUGCCACACAAGCAUAGUCAGCCAUGUGUGGAUAUUCGUGAGCCUCCAGCAGAAUUGUCUCCACUUCCAUCUCCUUCGGUCCAUCAGGAAAUCGUUUGUAUUUCAAUGAGAACACACAGCAAUUUAAUUAUUGUCCCUACUCAGGAAAACGAAAAUUCUGGUCUUAAAGAGCUGCCAUCUCCUGCUCCACCACCUGCUUACCAUCAUCCUGAAUAUCAGAGUCAUCUAGUGGUAUCGUACCCUCAUCAUAUUAUGCCUCCAAAGCAAAAUUAUGCACCACCUCCAUCUUCUCUACCACCAGUAAAUCAUCCGAUGCCAUAUUCUCCCCAGGACGCAGGUACUCCUCACUGUGUUUGUAGCCAAGUGCCACCUCUAUCCAUGAGCUCUGAUCCAUCACCAAUAAUCUCUUCCCCUAGAUAUAUUAUUGCUCAGGUGCCACCUUAUGUGAAUUCUCCUCCAGGAUCUCACCUAUCUUAAAAUAGUGAUCCAUAUGUAAGUGAAUUUCCUCUUAACCAUUAUAAUCCUGACUCUUUACCCCAGUUUAUUGAAGAUCAAGGAACUCUGAGCCCUCCAUUUACACAAACUGGUGGAUUAAGUCUUUGUAUAUGGCCUGUAUUGAAAGGACUGCCACCUCAUUCACCAAUACAGGGCCCAACUUCUUCAACCCUAUUUCCUGGAUCACAUUAUUCAGAUCAGACAAGAUAUAGAGUAUCUCAACAAUGA